ACAGGUUAAAGUAGUGUGCCUGUAACAUCGAAGUGUGAGGUUGUGUUUUCAACGUUCAUAUCGUGAACGAUCGUGCAUUUUCCUUCAUAAACUCGAUGUUGAAAUAAUUUAUUUCAAGUUACCAAAAUGAUUUUCACAAAGUUUAAAUUAUUGAUGUGGAAAAAUGUUCGUUUACGACGAUACCAUUGGAUCGUUACGUUGAUUGAACUGAUUUUACCAAUUUUGAUCGCGUUUCUUCUCACUCAAGUCACUUCAUCGCAGAACACCUCGAGUAUUUCUAAGAAAAAAGCCACCAUUCAUUCGCCUGUUUCGAGAAAAGAUUUUGUUGAGAAGACCAAGUCAAUUACGUUGUAUUAUGCGCCUUCGAAUCGUGCCACUGAUGAUUUCAUGGAUAAGAUUAAGAGCAAAUUCGAAUCAAUCGAGGGAUUUGCCAACGAAGCUGAGCUGGAAGCUGCAAUAAAAAAAAAUGAUGAGAAAAUCCUACUCUCUAUGGGGAUUUUUUUCAAAAACAUCGUAUCCAAAGACUCAUUUCCAAAUAAACUGAGUUACUCGUUACGAAAUACAGACAAAUGGGACACUGGAGACUUAUAUCCUGUAGUAGAUAAGCCCGGACCUUCUUACGAAAGUUUUUAUUCGUACAGGUAUUAUUCCGCCGUUCAAUUUGUUUUGAAUGAGAACUUUAUCAGAAUGAAAACAAGAACUGAAUUGCCUCAGCUGGAACUCGAAUUGUUUCCAUAUCCGGAGUACACGUCGGAUAAAAAUCCAAGAGCGCUUAUUUCUUUGGUCGUUGGUGUUUUUGUCAUGCUUACCAUCCUGAUCCUAUCAAUUCCUCUGAUAAACGAUAUUAUUGAAGAAAAAGACAGUGGUGUCAAGGAGUUGAUGAAAAUAUCCGGACUGGACGAAUGGAUGAUAUGGUGUGGCUGGUUUGUGCACGCGAUUAUAAUAAGUAUAAUAUCAUUUCCAAUAGUGACGUGGAUUUUAACUCAUCCAUUCAACGAACCCGGUUCCGAAGCUAUGCAUUUUGUGCAAUAUUCCGUUCUUUUGACGCUCAUAAUUCUUUAUUGCAUCGCGAAUAUUUUUUUUUGUUUCACGUUUUCAUCUGUUUUCCAUAAAGCUGGUAUCGCAUCUUCAGUAUUUGUGAUCUGUUUCGCGUUGCUUUUUACUGGAAUUGGGUACUUGAUAAGUGAGAAAUCCAGUAAUACGUUGCUGAAAUUAUUUACAAUUACUCCUCUGGGAGCAUUUAUGUUGGGAUUUCGUCAUCUAGGGUAUCACGAGGUGCAAGGUAUCGAAUUCACCUGGUCAUCCCUCACCUUAUCUGAAAACGACGACAGGGUUUCGUCAUUAUUUUGCAUAUUGAUGCUGGUGUUCGAUACAUUUUUGUACAUGUUUCUGACAUUUUAUAUCACUAAUGUCAAUCCUGGAAAAUUCGGUGCUCGUAAAUCGCCGUUAUUUUUAUUCGAAUCACUGUUUUCGUCUUGCUUGAAUAGAAACAGUCGAGAAAUCCCUCUGAAUAAUUCAGGCCACGCAAAGGACUCGGAUAGCCAAUUUUUUGAAUCACCCCCUUCAACUCUGGAGACUGCCAUAGAGAUAAAAAACCUUCACAAACAGUUUGGUUCUGUGUACGCUGUGAAUGGCGUGAAUUUGAAUGUCUACCAUGGUGAAAUGACCGCUCUUUUGGGACAUAAUGGUGCUGGAAAAACUACUACGAUGUCUAUAAUGACUGGAUUGACCUCGCCUAGUUCCGGAUCAAUAUACUUCAAAAAUAUGGAUAUAUUUCAAAAUAUGGAAUCUUUCAGAAGACAUUUAGGAAUGUGUCCUCAAGAAAACCGAACAAUGCCUUACCUAUCUGUAAUGGAUCAUUUGUUAUUUUUUGGACAAUUGAAAGGUGUUUCGCUGAAAGAAGCCAAGAUUGAAGCAAAUGAAUAUCUAAACAUGAUGGAAAUGCAGUCGAAGAAGAAUUCUCUGGCUAAAGAAUUAUCUGGUGGAAUGAAGAGGAAAUUGUGUUUAUCCAUUGCUUUGAUGGGUAAAGCUCAAGUUCUGAUUUUGGAUGAGCCUACAUCUGGGAUGGACGUACAAUCGAGAAGAAAAUUAUGGGAUUUGCUAUUGGAAUUGCGAGGAAAACGUACGAUAAUUUUUACAACCCACUAUAUGGAAGAAGCCGAUGCUCUUGGAGAUCGUAUUGCAAUCAUGAAUCAUGGACUGAUCGUUUGUCACGGAACUCCGAUAUUUUUGAAAAAAGCUUACGCUACCGGAUACGAACUCACGAUCACUAAAACCAGCCAGGAGUCGCUUAACAUCAGUCAAAUUGUUCAAAGUAUUUUACCACAAGCCAGUCUAGAAUUCGAGUCAGCGACAGAAGUCAUCUAUAAAUUACCAUUAACCGAAACGAGUAAAUUUCCUGUACUGUUCAGAAAUCUGGAAUCUGGUAUGGCGGAAUUAGGCAUCCAGCACAUGGGACUUGCUGCAACUACCAUGGAACAAGUAUUUUUGAAAGUCGGCGGUACUUCUGCUCAUGAUGCAAAAUCUUCCACCAAUCCAAGAGCUUCCUAUUCUAACGGUUCUGGUGACUAUAGAUAUUUAAAAUAUGAGGAUGGAGUAACUCUGGCUUUACAACAAAUAGCGCAGUUAUUCAAAAAGAAAUUUUUAUUUACUUCGCGAAAUUUGUUCACUAUACUGACUAGAAUCAUUAUACCCACCCUCAUAGGAGUAUACAUGAUAAACCUGCUUCCAAGUACCGAAGUCGAUAAUUCUCCAGAACCAGCUCUAGAUCUAUCGAUGUCCACUUACGCUAAUUCCAUCGCCGUUCUCAGAAACAACGGAGAUAAUUCCAAUUUGGAUAAAUACCUCUCGGAAUAUAUCGCAGAAAAGGGAAGAUCAGUCAUCAACGCUGGAAAUUCACCAAUAGAGGAUGAACUGCUACAGCGAGCUCGAGACCUCUACUCGUAUAAUAAAAAUUACAUAUCCGCUUUCGAAUUGAGUUCGACUGGAAUGAAAUUGCUGUUUAAUCCGAAAUUGAUUCAUUCGUUGCCAAUUACCAUAACUACGUUUUCGAAUGCGCUGCUUCGAAGUAUCACGAAAAAUAAUCUUUAUCAGAUCGAAACUUUCAAUCAUCCUGUACCUAAAGCGUUCGAAAGAGUUGGAGAUCACGGAAUUUGCGGACCUGUCAAUGAACUAAAAUUACUCGCAUUCUAUUUCCUGUGGUUUUCGGCUGCGGCAUUUUAUACCGUUGAUUUAAUGUCGUACUUCUCCACAUUUGUGAACAUGGAACGAAUAGACGGUUUCUUUCAUAUACAAAUGAUGUCAAACGUUUCUCCGUUUUUAUAUUGGUUGACAACUUUGAUAUUCGAUUUGGCUUUGUUUUUGAUCAUUAUCGUUAUCCGUGUUGGGAUCUUCAAAAUCAUCGAUCAUUCCAACUUCCUCGCUUUAAACGAAUCACUCGGGAUAUUUGCAUUGUUGAUAAUACUGUAUGGGAUCAGUGGAUUACUUUUUACCUGGACUACUGGUUAUUUAUCAAGCUCCAAAGAAGGAUCGUAUACUUUAUUAUUUAUUUUCAAUUUGAUAUGUGGUGUAGCAAUGUCAAUCUAUUACGAGAUGGAAAAUUUCAAACUUUAUGAGAAAUGGGAUCCAUUCUACAAGUUCCUGUAUAAUGUUGCUGGAAUUGUAAUUUUAUUCGUACCUUCGUUGAAUUUCUCCCUAUUGUUUAUUAAACUAAUGGUGAUUUUUAACGGAAAUACCAUUUGCAAUAAUUGCCCAGAGGAUAUUAAACCAAAAUGCUUAGAAAUUUUCAAGGUGAAAUCGUACCUGGAAUUUCCAUCUGAAGAGAAUCCAGAUGGUUUAAUGCGAGGAAUAGUGUUUUUGAUGAUUGAUAUCUUGCUGUAUGCUGUUAUAUUGAUCCUGAUUAAUAUGGGUUACGUUCGAUACUGCUUCGAUGCUCUGAAGAAUUCAAUUUUUGGUACUGAAACCACCAAUACUGAUGAUGGUGAUGCUGAUGUGCAGCAAGAAUUCCAAAAGGUUCAAAUGUUGAAGAAAGAUGCAUCGAGAGGAAGUAGAGUUGCUCUAUUGGUCGAUGGGUUACGCAAGAAUUACAUGAAUUGGUUCAAACCUUUCACUGCUGUUUCAAAUGUGAAUUUUGUCGUUGAACCAGGAGAAUGUUUUGGUCUUCUGGGUGUAAAUGGUGCUGGAAAGAGUACCACAUUUAAAAUGCUGACUGGUGAGAUUUUGCCUACUUUGGGUGAUUCAUCCAUCGAAGGAAUCAAAUUGAGUUCCUAUAAAAUGAGGUAUUUGUCUAUGGCUGGAUAUUGUCCUCAAACAAAUUGCUUCAUUGAAGUAUUAACUGGCAGAGAAAUGUUAUCAAUGAUUGCUGCCAUGAGAGGUGUCACAAGAAGUAAAAAUAAGAGAGUUGUCGACACUUGGAUUGCUAUUAUGGGCUUGGAAGAAUUUCAGAACCAAAACUGUGGCAAUUACAGUGGAGGAAACAAGAGGAAAUUAUGUACAGCGAUGUCUUUGAUUGGAGACCCCAGAGUGGUAUUCUUGGAUGAACCAACCAGUGGUGUAGAUCCAGUAUCUAGACGCAAUUUAUAUGAUGUCAUGGUACGGAGUAAAAAUGCAGGUCAAGCUGUGAUCCUAACAUCUCAUAGUAUGGAAGAAUGUGAAACUUUAUGUGAUCGAAUCACCAUAAUGGCGGCUGGUGUAAUGAAAUGUAUUGGAACUGCUCAACACUUGAAGAAAAGUUAUGCUCAAGGGUUCUCAGCAUUGAUCAAAAUUAGAGACAAUCCAGACUUUGACGGUCAGAUUUUCACUCUGAAAGCGGAUAUGUUGCAAACAUUUAGCCCAGAGUAUUGCAUUUUGAAGGAUGAGCAUAAGGGUUUGUUGUACUACCAAAUAAAGGAUACAUAUUUACUAUGGUCAACGUUGUUUGAUAAAAUGGAAGCAAUUAAACAACUUCAUUCUGCAUUGGUGGAGGAUUAUGUACUUACAGAGACUACUUUGGAAGAGGUUUUCAUGUCUUUUGCCAAAGGGGUCUAGAACCUUGCACCUUGAGGACUGAUCAAAGGAUAAAACAUGAGUUUAAUUUUGUGAUCUGUCUUGCUGACAGUAACUGCAUCAAGCAUAGCAAUAAAUGAAUUACUCGAGUGAUGAAAACUUCAACAUUAUUUAUGGUGAAACUGGCUCUGAAUGGUGUCAGUUUCAAACAUUUACUUGAGUGGCUGUGACGAAUUAUUAUUAAAGAUUUUAAGCAUGAAUUAUUCUUUUAUAUACUAAUUUUAUUUACCAAUUUAUUUCAUUCUAAUAGUUUUCAUUUUUAUAUUCAGUUUGAAUGGAACUCUUUGCAUGGUUUUAAUAUUAUACUACUUAUUUAUUGCAAUCAAA